AUGCCUCUUAUUGCCAACACAUCUGAAACCAAGGACGGAAAGAACACCACCAUCCCUUCCGGCGACAAGCCCAAGCCCUGCUGCGUGUGCAAGGACGAGAAGGCCGCUCGAGACGAGUGUCUGCUCUUUAACGGCGUCGACUCCGACAAAUGCAAGCCUCUCAUCUCCGCCUACAAGGAGUGCAUGAAGGGCUUUGGUUUCGACAUCUAA